CGCCGGGCAGUAAGCCAUCAGACCACUCCAACGACGGACCAUGCCCUAACAUCCAUCCUCUCCGCCAUGAAACCAAAAGAGAGUCGAUUCUCGCUCAAAUUGCUGCUGCUAUUUUCGUUCGUUCGCGUAGCAAUUUUUCAGACGACUCAGAAUAUAAACGUCUUGUUGAUCAACGAGGAGAACAAUGCGCUCGCGGAGAAAGCGUUCGAAGUAGCGAAGGAGUAUGUCAGGCGGAACCCGAGCUUGGGGUUGGCUGUGGACCCGGUCAUCGUGGUCGGCAACCGAUCGGAUGCUAAAGUUUUUCUUGAAAAUGUUUGCAGAAAGUACAACGACAUGUUAUCAGCCAAGAAAACUCCGCACGUCGUCCUAGAUUUCACCAUGACCGGCGUGGGUUCUGAAACGAUAAAGUCGUUUACGGCCGCGCUGGCACUGCCGACUAUGUCGAGCUCGUUCGGCCAAGCCGGUGAUCUGAGGCAAUGGCGCUCCUUAGACGCCAACCAGACCAGGUUCUUGCUGCAAGUGAUGCCGCCCGCAGAUAUACUGCCGGAAUCUAUACGAGCCAUCGUCACGAAACAAGACAUCACUAACGCUGCCAUUAUUUUCGACGAACUUUUUGUUAUGGACCAUAAAUAUAAAUCUCUCCUGCAAAACAUUCCGACACGCCAUGUUAUAACUCCUGUGAAGAGUUUCAAUAAAGACGAGAUAAAAACUCAAUUGCGAAGCUUGCGAGAGUUGGACAUUGUGAACUUUUUCGUGGUCGGUAGCCUCAGGACCAUAAAGAAUGUUCUGGAUGCGGCAGAUGAGAAUCAGUAUUUUGGUAGAAAAACUGCUUGGUUCGCCUUGUCGUUGGACAAAGGAGACAUUACGUGUGGAUGCAAGGACGCCACCAUCGUUUACAUGAGGCCGACGCCGGACGCCAAGAGCAGAGAUCGUCUGGGAAAGAUAAAGACCACCUACAGCAUGAACGGCGAACCAGAAAUCACGUCGGCAUUCUACUUCGACCUGUCUCUAAGAACGUUUUUAGCCGUAAAAUCACUACUGGACUCUGGCAAGUGGCCAAAUGACAUGAAAUAUAUUACUUGCGACGAUUACGACGGUAAGAAUACCCCUAACAGGACCUUGGACCUGAAGGCGGCUUUUCAAGAGAUAAAAGAAACUCCGACUUAUGCGCCUUUUUAUAUACCGGAGGACGAUCCCAUGAAUGGCAGGAGCUAUAUGGAGUUUAAUACGGAUAUAACAGCGGUUACGGUGAAGGAUGGGGCUUCUAUCGGGAGUCGAGUGUUGGGGUCCUGGAAGGCUGGUCUCUCCAAUCCUUUGUCCCUGACAGACCCCGACAACAUGAGCGAUUACUCCGCGCAAUUAGUGUACAGAGUUGUGACAGUGGAGCAAGAACCGUUUAUAAUAAGAGAUGACGAAGCACCGAAAGGGUUCAAAGGAUACUGUAUUGACCUCAUCGAGGAAAUCCGACAAAUCGUCAAAUUCGAUUACGAGAUUGUGCUAUCACCUGACGGGAACUUCGGCACAAUGGAUGAGAAUGGAAAUUGGAACGGGAUUAUAAAGGAAUUGAUAGAGAAAAGGGCGGAUAUAGGUCUGACCUCUUUAUCGGUAAUGGCGGAGAGGGAGAACGUCGUGGAUUUCACGGUUCCGUACUAUGACCUGGUUGGAAUAACAAUUAUGAUGAAACUGCCGCGGACGGCCACAUCUCUUUUCAAGUUUCUCACCGUUUUGGAAAACGACGUAUGGCUGUCGAUACUGGCCGCAUAUUUCUUUACAAGCUUUUUGAUGUGGGUAUUCGACAAAUGGAGUCCCUACAGCUACCAGAACAACCGUGAAAAAUACAAAGACGAUGAGGAAAAACGAGAAUUCACGCUCAAGGAGUGUCUAUGGUUUUGCAUGACGUCACUCACGCCUCAAGGCGGUGGUGAGGCUCCGAAGAAUCUGUCUGGACGGUUACUGGCUGCUACUUGGUGGUUGUUUGGCUUCAUCAUCAUAGCCUCGUACACAGCAAACUUGGCGGCUUUCCUUACGGUCUCUCGGCUGGACACGCCCAUAGAAUCCUUGGACGAUCUCUCCAAGCAGUAUAAGAUCCAGUAUGCACCGCUGAACGGGUCUGCAGCUAUGACGUACUUUGAAAGGAUGGCGCACAUUGAAGUUAAGUUCUAUGAAAUAUGGAAGGAAAUGAGCUUAAACGACAGUCUGAGUGACGUCGAGCGCGCGAAGCUAGCUGUCUGGGACUACCCAGUCAGCGACAAGUACAGCAAGAUGUGGCAGGCCAUGAAGGAGGCUGGUCUCCCCAACUCCAUCGAAGAGGCCUUGCAAAGGGUGAGAGACUCCAAGAGUUCCAGCGAAGGCUUCGCUUGGCUGGGCGAUGCGACUGACGUCAGAUACCACGUGCUGACGAGCUGCGACCUUCAGAUGGUAGGAGAUGAGUUCUCGAGGAAGCCGUAUGCCAUCGCUGUGCAGCAGGGAUCACCGUUGAAGGACCAGUUUAAUAAUGCUAUUCUUCAGCUGCUCAAUAAGCGGAAAUUAGAAAAAUUGAAAGAAAACUGGUGGACCAACAAUCCAAACGCAAUGAAAUGUGAAAAACAAGACGAUCAAUCGGAUGGUAUUUCCAUACAAAACAUUGGAGGGGUGUUUAUAGUAAUAUUCAUGGGUAUUGGUCUAGCCUGCAUCACUCUUGGCGUCGAAUAUUGGUGGUACAAGAUUAGGAAGCGGUCCACCAUUGGGGAUAUCACUCAGGUGGAACCAGCAAAAUCGUCUAGAAUUAACACUGAUUUUAAAGGAGAAGGAUUCACUUUUAGGUCCAGAAAUUUGGGCCUGUCCAAUUUGAAACCUAAAUUCUAAACCUCGACAUUUGACAAACUAAUUGAAGCAAUUUCUACGGAAUUUCUCAUGUGUUCAAACCCAACAGUAUUGUCUUAAUAUAUCAUAAGUUCUGCUCCCAAAUGUUUGUAUGCAAGUGUGAAUGCAAUAAACACGUGUUGCACA